AUGAGUGCUUUGGUUCCACACUUUGAAACAUCCUCACUGUACCUUGGAGACCUGCAUCCCGAAGUGAACGAGGCGAUGAUGUAUGAGAAAUUCAGCACUGCCAGGCCGAUCCUGUCCCUUAGGGUCUGCCGUGACCUGGUCACUCGCUGCUCCCUGGGCUAUGUGCAUGUGAACUUCUUGCUGCGGACUGAUACCGAGUGGACUCUGGACACUAUGAACUGUAUUAUCAAUGGCAAGCCGCUGCGUAUUACGUGGUCCCAGCGUGACCCAUCACUUUGUAAGAGUGGAGUGGGCAAUAUAUUCAUCAAAAAUCUUGCCCAGUCUAUUGAUAACAAGUCCCUUUAUGAUACAUUUUCUGUCUUUGGAAACAUUAUUUUUUGUAAAGUAGUAACCGAUGAAAAUGGAUCAAGGGGUUUUGGAUUUGUGCAUUUUGAGAAGUCAGAAGCUGCUAGGAGAGCCAUUGCAAAAAUGAAUAGGAUUCUGCUGAAAGGUAGCCGAGUUUUUGCUGGGCAGUUUAAACCUCGCAAAGAAAGGGAAGCAGAACUCAGAGCUCAAGCAAACAUAUUUACCAAUGUCUACAUUAAGAAUUUUGGAGAUGCUAUAGAUGAUGAAUGUCUUAAAGAGGUUUUAGGUGAGUUUGGUUCUGUAUUAAGUGUGAGAGUUAUGACUGACGAAAAUGGAAAAUCCAAAAGCUUUGGAUUUGUGAGUUUUGAGAAUUUUGAAAAAGCCCAGAAAGCCAUUGAAGGAAUGAAUGGAAAAGUCCUUAAUGGAAAUCAAGUUUAUGUUGGUAGAGCACAGAACAAAGCUGAGAGACAGUCUGAAUUAAAACACAAAUUUGAGCAAAUAAAACAGGGUAAACUCACCAGGCGCAAGGGUGCUAAUCUUUAUGUGAAAAAUCUUGAAGAUGAUAUUGAUAAUAAAUGACUGAGAAGAGAAUUCUCCCUCUUUGGCACAAUCACUAGUACCAGGGUCAUGAUGGAGGCAGGCUGCAGCAAAGGCUUUGGCUUUGUUAGCGAUACAUCUCCUGAGGAAGCUAAUAAAGCCGUCAUGGCAAUGAAUGGAAAAAUUGUGAUCACCAAACCACUGUAUGUGCUGGCACAAAGCAAGGAGGAGCACCAGGCUCUCCUCACCAAGAACUAUAUGGAGAGAGCGGUGGCUCUGAAAGAUGGAGGUUAUUCUAUACUCAACACUCCCAAGGCAGUAGCAACAUCGUCACGUAACUGUGUGCCUGCUCUUCCUCAGCUUCAAUGUGGAAGUGCACAUCUUUGUAAGACUGUGCUCAGGGCCAAACAUCAUCCAUCCAGAGUAUAUUGGAUAUUCUACCCACUCAGCAGCAGCAGCACCUAA